UUAAGUUGAAUUACUGAAAGAAUGAGCUUUUGCACGAUAUUCUAAUUUUUCGAGUUUCACCUGUAGAUAUGGUUCUGAGUUGAAAUUUUAGUGCAGCUAUAUAUAUUCCAACCACAAAUAUCAUAAUUCAAGGUACAGAUGGGUAAAAGAAAGCCUACAUAAACCUCAAUAUUGUAGAACACCGGCUUCUCUUUGUCCAAACAGUUGUUUCCCUUGUGUGGAGGAGGUCAAAGUACAACAUGAAAUGUAUGCAGGGAAAGACAACUUUGGCUUCUUUACAUCACCGCAGCUUUCUUGUCUCCCGAGGACCCUUCCCCCGCUCAUGGGAAAGGUGUGUGUGUGUGUGUGUGUGUGUAACCUUUUGAGUUCUCUUAAGAGCGCAAAGAGGCAAGGUCACUCGCUCUGGGUUGGUACCACGGUUCUGAUUUUCUAGGCACAGACCAUAAAGGACGUGUUUCUCGUCUUGCGUUGUCUUCUUUCCCGUCGCCCCACAGUCCUCCGUAUAUACGUGGGAAGAACACAAUUCGUUCCAACUGAUUACAGCUGAGGCCCCGUUGCCUGAACCACCCCCCCCCCACCCCACCCCCGAGCGUUUUGAGCUCUACUGUGGUCCCAUGAACGACCUUUGGAGUUAUCAUCAGGAGCUCUUUCCACGUCGGGCUUCGACCGGCACACGUCGCCGGUGUUUCACCCCGGCGUCCCAGAGGCGUCGAUCGAAGACUGCCUCGCCGCGAUGGGAGACCGCGUGGCCGCCGAGCUCGACGCACACCUGGCAGCAGCUGUAGACACACUCCUCGCAGGGCCUCUGGACUACCAGAGAUUCAGAGUUACAACACAGGAUCUCUCGGCACACACACAGGGAGGCUGGAGCAAGGUGCUAGUACCUUUAGUGCUACUCGAGGCUUUGCAAAGCAAAGGCCAGUCACUGACGGCUCUGUUGAAUCUGGGCAUGCGCUUCCUGGAGGAGGAAGAAGCUGCUUACAUCAUCCAGCAAGGAGGAUGGGGUGAGAUCUUCAACCUCGAGCCCGAGGAGGACCGAGGCGCUGCCUGCAUCGAAGACAGCAACGACAUUUACAUCCUCUCGGGGGAUCAGCAUCCCGACCAGCUCAGCCCCCCCUCCUCGCUGCUGUGCACGGGAGACAACGGCAGUGAGCAGAGCUCCUGGCAGACGGAGAGCCUUCCCGUUUCUCUGGCCGGCCACGAGUCGUGGGCGCAGGUCGGCGCGAUGGACCCCGAGGACGUCAAGAGCCUGGACAGCAACGAGGGCGCGGCUCUGGCCGAGGAGCGCAGCGAGAACAACUCCUCCAACUCCGACAUCGUGCACGUGGAGCGCGAGGACGCCGAGCUGCUCGACGAGGGCGGCGAGGUCGGGGCGAUAGACGAGAGCAUGCUGAGCGUGUUGGGCACGGAGAGCGAGCUGGCCGAGCUCAGGGAGGAGUUUGGGGGGGACGCGGCGGAUCCGGCCUCCCUACUCUCAUUGGAGGAGCCCGUCGUAAUGGAGGCGCCCGCAAGCUUGUCGGCGGAGCCGUCCCUCGUCUCCUUGGAGCCCGAAGCAGCAGCAGCAGCAGCGUUAUCCGUUGCUGCGGUAGAACCGGCGCCUGAGCCAGAAACACAACUGGCUGCCGAAACCGCCCUGGUACCCUCUGACGCGGCCCCCCUGUCUGUAGCCAAGGAAACCCCGGCAGCUCCCAUUGCCAUCUCGGAAGCCGCUUCCGAACAGGAACGGGAGGCGGAGCCUGUCGCGGUGGCUGCCCGACCAGAGGAGCCAGAACCAGAACGAGAGGCCGCGCCGGGUGAGCUUCUUCUCGCAGAGGCCUUAGUGGCCCCUGCGGAGCCCCCAGCCGAGGAUCCCCCGACGCAGCCGGAACCCGAAUCCGGGCUGCAAGCGAUGCUUUGCGGAGGCGCUGCAUUGGUGGUGCUCGCUGGCGUGUUGACAUACGGUGUCAUGAGCUACCGGAGGAAGUAGAGAAUCUCAUCCAGGGUUAAAGAAUGUAAAUUACACAAUGUUGAGGUAGAAAUAAAUGUAUUAGUACACACGUGGUGGGGCUCUUCUUACUAAGUUGUGUUGGGCUGACUAAAUGAAAGGUUUUUUAAUUUGUAAAAAUGGCCCCUACGGAACCGAGACGUCACCUCAUGCACAUCCUGACUACUGUGACUCCAACGAAGCGAUUGAUCAUGCUCCUUCCUCCUGGUGUUUUUCUCCUCUCAGCCUGUCUCGGAGUUUGUCCUCACUGCUCACACCCUCAAAGUCCACCAUUCCACUUCCAGUGAGACAAAUCGUUUCCUCCCUUUCCACACAGCGAAGUCACAUCCAUUUUUCUUUCUAGUUUUCUGCGUUUUACUCCACUUGUAAUGUACCAGAGUCCUGCCACCAGUGUUGGGAAACUUCAAUUUCUACAUAAACUAGUUCAGUUCUUUUUUUCCCAUA